AUGUUAAGUUCAAUGGCAAAAGAACAUCAGGCUAAACAGGCCAAACGGAAGCAGGAACAAGAAAUCAAGAGGAAGGAAGCCAUUGAGGCAUCAAAUGAAUUGACUAAGGCUCUUGUGGAACACCUGAAUGUUGGAGUCGCCCAGGCCUAUCUAAACCAAAAGAAACUCGACGCAGAAGCAAAACAGCUGCACGUUGGUGCUACUAAUUUCGCCAAGCAAACACAACAGUGGCUGCAACUAAUAGACAACUUCAGUUCCGCUUUGAAGGAGCUCGGCGACGUUGAGAAUUGGGCACGUAGCAUAGAAAACGACAUGCAUAUUAUUCAAAAUACAUUGGAAAUCGCGUAUAAAACAUCGCGACAGAUCCAGCAGAACCCAUCGUCAUAA